AUGGACGGCCUGCCGAUCCGAACAUCGCGCCGGCCCAUCAACCACCGCCGCGCCGUCCCCCGGCCGGGUGACGCGGGCGCGCACAGUGUCGGCGGCGACAUGGUGAACAGCAUGAAGCGACGUGGCCUCAAGCCGUCGCGUUGGGCGCUCUACCGCCCAUGGGUGCUCGGCGCUGUUGCGCUCAUCCUCCUUCUCGCCUUAAACACGGCUUGGCUGCAGCGCAUCAACCGCCGCGUCGGGACCAAGGGCGGGUGGGGCGCUGUCGUGGCCGCAGCGCGCCAGCAGGCUGCGCGAUGGGUUGGAAGCCUCGCGGCGCGGAUCGACACCGGCGCGACGCACGAUGAGAUUUGA